GGACUGGCAUGUGGGCAGUUGUGCGGCUAGCGGGGCUGGCUAUUUAUGCGGGCGCCCCGGCUGCUCGCGCUCGGGUCGACGCCCUUCUUCCUCUUCCGACCGACGCGAGCAAGGCACGGCCUGCUCUCAUCUCUAUCAGGCUCCGAGUGCGAGAGUGGCCAGCGCGACACGGCGAGCCCACUUUCUCUGUCCAACUCAGUGUCCCACUUGCCGCCCCUCCCCCGCCGCCGACGUCAUACCCCCAGGUCGCCUUGUCCCUGGCGCAAAUUCCUGUGUGGCCUCCACCGCUCGUUGAGCUCAACGUCCACCGUCUCUGCGCUGGAGUCUGCGGAUCUGUUGGUGAGUACACUCGUCUGGUCGAGGAGGUCUUGGCGUCGCGAACCAGGCUAGGGCGGCUGUGCUGGGGCGGACUCGAGUGUGCUCCACCGUGGUUCGUUCCCGACGGUUCCAAAAGCCUAAAUGUCUAUUUCGUGAGCAUGCUCAGAGGAUAGGCCUUGAGAACUGGACUCGCGACUCGUCUGCUGGCUGCGUUGGGCUCGUGGACGCUUCUUAUGCCAUGUCUGGUUCGGUCAGAACCGCUGGCGUAGCGGGUGGCACCCCUCCAUACCUUCUCGCAUCCUCUAUGAUUGCUGUAGCACUCCAUAUGCUGAUGAUUCCCGUGCUACAGUGAACCGACGCGCCUGGUACGCUGUUGAGCCGUCAUAGGAGAUUCGAGCGCGGCGUAAAGGCUGUCAUCGUAAGUGGCGAUUUUGACUUCUAAUCAUGCUUAGCGGGCACCUUUGUUCGCCUCAUGCUCUUCG